AAAAUAACAAUUGGGUAGGGUGAACGAGACAAGCUCGGCCGUUUUCUUUCUGAUGUUCUCUUCUCUAUUCUAGAGUCUGUACUUCGGGGCUAGGGUUUUUGCAUUGCAGCAACUACUGCCAGAAGUGGUCUGGAUUGUAAUCUUCAUCUCACUCGCAAAAUGGAGACCUCUCUCAGAUUCGGUGCAGAUUCCAAAGCUCUAAGAAUCCACGCCAAGGAAAAGCUCCCCAUCGACUCCAAAACCUACCUGCAGAUACAUGGAGAGCUAGAUACAAAGUUUGGAGCUCCGACUUAUUUUAGUGCGGUGAUGAGACACUUCUACCCAAAUUUAUCAGCCAGCCUUGGCGUUGGGUUGCAAUAUACUAAGCGUGAGAAGCUACGGUAUAGUGUACGUGGAAAAAAGUCAUUUCCUGUCACAACUAAUGGCCUGUUAAGCUUCAAUAUCAAGGGGCGAUGUGAUGUGGACAACGAAUUUAAAGAGAGGAAGUCAACUGGAGCUGCUGAAUUCACUUGGAGUUUAUUCAAUUUUCAGAAGGACCAAGAUGUUAGGGUGAAACUUGGUUAUGAAGUGCUUGAAAAGGUUCCAUAUCUGCAGAUCAGGGAAAACAAUUGGACAUUCAAUGCCGAUGUUAAUGGUAGAUGGAAUGUGAGAUAUGACUUGUGAGGAACAGAACUAUUUAUUUUUUGCAGGUGGGAAAUGUACCUGCAUAACAGGUUAUUUCGUGUUCUGUUGGGCAGCCGAGAAGCAGACACUGACUAUUGAUUAAUUGAACUGCAGUUUCAUA